CUGACGGGUGUCAUUCAGUGCCACGGUUCGGUACGGUCUGCACUCUGCUAGCUCUCGUGCUUCAUUCUUGUUCUUCAUGCCGUUUUUUCUAGAGAUUAAUUUUCCUAAAAUUUACAAGGCUUCUAUGCUAAGAUGUUUGACGGAAAGUAGUGAUGCCGCUGCUGUUUAGAGAACCAGUGCUUCGCUAGGUUUGUGCUACUUGCACGACUAACCAGCGGCCAUGGAUAGUGGUGCAUCAUUUCACAGGAGUGUUCGACUGAAAGACGAGACCUGCAGAGCUUCCUGCUCUACGCAUGUGGCUCUACCGCUUACGCCGCUGAUAGAUGAGCAGCUAGAAGGUGGAGAGUCCUUUGGCACACACACAAGUGCGAAAGUGCGGCAGCCAGAACCUGCAAGGGAUGCUAGAGUACCAGUCAAUGGGCAGGUGGUGCAUAUACCCCUCUCACCUGUCUUCUCAAGUGCUACAUCAGCUAGUGUGAUUGUUAGUACAAGUAUUUCAUCCUCCUUCACCGCAGAUCCUUGUGGGGCAACUGUCAAAAAAUUGAAUAUGCCAUCAGAAGUUAGCUUUUCCAGCUCCGCCCAGAGAAAUUUAACAACUCCAUUAAGUGUGACAUUACCAAACUCCACGUCCACCUCCAUUAAAAGUGCCAAAUAUGGAAUUAGUGGUUCUGUCAUUAACUUGUUAAUGGUUCUAGUAGUGGAUCCAAAAGAUCAGUCGACCUAGCCACCAGUCCAUCCUCCGAUAAAAAGAGAAUUCGUGAAAAUGCAGUGAAUGAACAAAUAGAGUCCGAACAAAGACUCUUCAUCACACCCCUAGAAGACAAUAGCCUUCCAUUAGACCUCAGUUGCCGUGGGCCAGUGGUUGUGAAGAAUUGUGGAAGACCAGCAGCUGCAUCAACGCCAGAGCCAACAGAGCACCUUAAUUCUCUUGUCAGUAUAGUAAAAGAUGAAUUUAAUAAUUCUGACACAUCUGAGCCUUGCCCUACAGAACCACUGAAUCAGACAGUGUUAUCAGAUAGAGGACCUUUAGAAGAUGAAAAUGAGAAUUUGGUAAACGAAGCAAGAGAGAAGGAGAAGGCCUUUUUCAACACUGCACAAAAUGAGCAAUAUCUUACUGAAGACUCUACAGGUUUGGAUCCCCCACCACCUCUACCCUUGUAUGGGGCAGGAGGUGCAUUAAGAAGAAUGCGUGUAAGCAGCGAUGAUGGGCCUCCAAUGGUGUACAGUGUACGAUUGUAUGCAGAACAGGUUCUUGUGUCCAGGAUUCUAGGGGUCAAUGAAGAGACAGGUGACAAGAUGGAACUGUACAAAUGUUUUAUGUGCAGUGUUGCAUUUCCAUCCAUUUCAAGACUACAAGCUCAUCUAUUUCAGCAUAAGCAACAGUUUGUCUGUUGCAAGUGUAGUUUUUCAUGUGAUUCAAGAGUCCAAUUUUCUCACCAUGUACAGCAUGAACAUCUUUCUCCACCUAUGCAGUCUAACAGGGAUAAGGAAGAUGCAAGAUGUAUAUGAGUGAUGAUUCCUGUAGUGCAGAGAAUACAGUCACAGUAGCUGCACUUUUAUCUGCUCUUCGGGAGAAGGCUCAAGAAAACAGACCCGUUACUCUUGCUCAGAAAGAAACCUUUGAGGAAGAGGAAGAGAAUGUUAGUGAGGACUCUUACCCAGUUUCCCCAUCAUCUGAGUCACAAGAAGCAGGAGAAAUACAAGAAGGAA